AUGUAUAAGGUGAUCUUUGUACAUUUCUUUGUGGACAGACAGACCAGUUUUAUUGCGAAGCCGUUCGAGCUGUCUGCCUUUGGCUUUCAUGAGCCGAAGGAUACGCAAAGGGAUGGACCGUGGGUUGGAACCUGGAGGCCGCACGCACCGAGACUUCCAAUAUCUGCUCUCUACGGCAACCCCGGGCCAAAGUAUAAACUUCCUCCACUUACAGGUGCAAACAAACAUGAUCCCACCAAACCGAAAGCACAGAUGUUUUCUUUCGGACAACGUUUUUGGUGCAAAAGUACUGACUGCUCUCCGGGACCAAAAUAUUUGAUUCUUCCCAACAUCAUGAGACACGGACACAGUUGUGCACCUGCAUUUUCCCUGCACGGCCGUCCAGAAGAACGACCAAAAUUCAAGACCCCCGGACCAGGCCAGUACUACCCAGAGAAUUCAGGGAAAGCGACAUUUCCUUCAGCUCCUGCAUAUUCUCUGACUGGGAGGCACGAGCUGGACAGCAAUAAUGGCGUCCCAGGUCCAGGAACAUACAAGCUGCCCCCUAUUAUUGGGUCUAAAGCUGUGACCAGAGCUUCAGCACCCAGAUAUACGAUGGCCAGUCGCCUGGAAACUGGGACCAUCUAUGAGGGCCUGCACAAGACCCCGGGCCCAGCCGUCUACGGAGCUGUAGACCCGUACAUCUCCAGGAGGAAACCUCCCCAGUUCAGCAUGAGGGGCAGACUUCCUCCUCUGAACUGCACAAAGACACCGGGUCCAGGAGCGCACCAUCCUGAGCAUCGGAGGUCUGCAGUAAAACCGAGGAAGGGAAACCUGCAGCAGGGUCCACCUCCACCUCCCACCCCUGUCUCCACUGCAGUGUUGGACCUGGCGGGAUCCAGUGACUCAUCAAACCCACCUCCGUCCCCGGGACUCCCCUUCCUGGGGUGGAGGAGGGAGGCGGUGGCCUGA